AAUGUCCGAGCACCGUUCAGUUCUUGCCAAGGCACAAUUUGGACUGCUGUGUUGCCAGAUAGCCGCUAAUGCUCUCUUCGCAGGAGGCAUCUAUGUCUUUCCUAUUCUGGCACCAGCUCUUGCAGAACAUCUCAAACUCACCCAGCCACAGCUUACCUCCAUUGUGCUUGCUGGCAUGAUAGGACAAUAUCCCUUCGCCGCGGUAGUUGGCAAGAUAACUGAUCGCUACGGCCCAUGGGCCUGCUCUCUUGGAGCAGCUGUUCUCUUUACGCUUGGUUUCGGGCUGUUUGCCUUCGAAGUCUCCACUGUACCGGAGAAUAUCAGAACGGCGUCUCCAUCGUCUGCCCGCCGACUUACAGUAUUUUUUCUGCUAAAUGGCCUUGGGACCGUCUUCUCCUAUUUUUCGUCUCUGUUUGCCGCCUCAGAAGCGUUUCCGACGCACCCUGGCUUCGCGUCCGGAUUUAGCAUGUGCAUUUUUGGCCUUUCCCCACUGUUCCUCUCCCUCAUCGCCUCCACCUUCUUCACAAAUGCCCAUUCUGGUCUCAAUGUUACCAACUUUCUCACCUUCCUGGCCGUAAUAACCGGCUUGGUUUACGUCCUAGGCGCUUUUAUCCUUCGCGCGCUCCCACCCAACACUUCCGACCCUCUACCCACUCCAUCCGAGCCUGUUGUGCCCUCUACCUCCCAUGAAGACCCAGAGCCUUCAGAUUCGGCUGAUGAGCGUGCACCUCUACUCCCUAACAAGACAACGGACGACCCGGCUGAACCUCAUUCCAAGAAACUGGAUGCUCAAGACGGCUCAGCCUUCACUCUCGUCAAAGACCCCCAUUUCUGGCUUCUGGCCGUCUUCUCUCUCCUCAUCUUGGGCGCCUGUGAGAUGGUGAUCUCUAAUAUUGGAACCAUCGUAUUAUCUCUUCCUCCUUCUUCGCCCUCUAUUGAAAACGUAACGGCGGUCGACAAGUCUACCGACGCCGCGACGUCUAAUCAGGUCCGGUUCCUCUCCGUUGCCAACACGGUGUCCAGACUUCUGUCUGGACCCCUAGCAGACUUCACAUCGCCCGUGUUAUCCUACCUUCCCAGUGGCGUAGCUUCAGUGCCGCGAAAGCACUUCAUUAGCCGUGUGGCGUUUCUUACAGGGGCGAGCCUCCUACUGAUCAUCUCGUUCACCUUACUCGAGACGAUCAUUAGGACUAGAGAGGGACUUUGGGUGCUCAGCAUCGGGGUUGGGACAGCAUACGGCAUCGUGUUCACCGUUCUACCGAGCAUACUCUCCUCCAUCUGGGGUCCCGCGAAUGUCGGACGUAAUUUUGGGUUGAUAUCGUACGCUCCCUUCUUCGGGACCACGUUCUUCUCGUACCUCUAUGCCUUCGUGUCAGCGUCUCACAGACUCCAGGGAGACGGAGAAGGAGAAGGAAACGGGAGUGGUGGAAGUAGCGGCGAAGGCGAUGGGGUGUGUGUAGGCGUCGACUGCUGGAGGCUGACGUUUUGGAUCUGUGUGGGCGCUGCGUUGGUCUCGUUUUUGCAGAGCCUCGUAUUAUGGAGGCGUUGGAAAGGCCGUGUAUAAUUUAAGAAAUCCCUCAAGCGUUCUCCGAUUUCCCUUGUCGGGCAGUUUUUCUACACACUAGUGAGAUGACUAGGUAGAAUUCCAGAAAUAUCGUACAGGUAUUCAUU